AUGAUUAUCUUUGUGGCUUCAGACAGUCUCCUUCAAGAAAACCAAGAAGGGCAUCCCAAUUCGUCAAAGAAAGAGGAAAACGGAAGGUGUGAAGAGGAUGACGUGGAGACGAAUGACACGUUUACAAGCCAUCGACGUCAACGCGCAAAGUUUCUCAAGCUCUUCCUAGAGCGUGCAAGUCAUCAUCGGUACCAACAGAGAGGGACACAGCAGGCUUCGCGUCUCUUGGUAGGGUCCACUGGUCCUCUAGAAGAGGCCCACGACCCGCCUUUUGCUGACAAUGUGGUUACUGCUUCCGAGUCAGCACUUCAUCAUCAUCCUCUCUCACUUACCCCUGCAGCUGCGUCCAAAGCACCCAUUGCUAACACCACCGCCGUCGCCGCCUGCCGCAGAAACUCCAGCGCGGCUCAGAAACGAGCAGCUGCUCAAGCGGUUAGAACGAAGCUAGUUAGUCUUCGAAAGAAGAAUCCCUCCAUGGAUUCAGUGGUAGGUACAUUGCUCUUCUUUUGUAUCUCGUGCCCCAUCCGAUUCCAAAAAUUGACAACUGUCUUAACCGUAAACACUAUAUAUAUGUCUUGUUUCAAUCUCGGAUCUAUCACUUCUUGA